AGGCGGCGCAACUGUCAGUUGUGUUCCGAAUUGUCGUCAAAAUUGGUUGCAGACUCGUCUAAAGUGUUUAGCAGUUCAGUGUACUUUGAGAUCUUAAUGGAUGUACGGACCUAUGGGAGAUAAAUCUUAUUCUCCCCAUAACAACAUAUAUCACAGCGUAAAGUUGACUGCCUUGCACUUUGGUAACUGUGUCGGUGACUGUUGGAUGGUAAGGUAGACAGCUUCUUUGAGCAGGAAGGUUAGGCUACCCUGGGAGCCUACACCUAAAACCUGUGUUGUUUUAAGGAUUUUUAUGCGAAGUUUCUUCUUCCCAAUGUUAAUCUAUCAUUGAGUGUGAGUUAGCAUCGUUGGAAGCAUUCGGGACUGCUGCCAAUCUGUGAGGUUGGGACUUGUUGCGUGAAAAACACGUCCGCCGGGAAUAGUAUUUUAGGGUUAACCCUUUUUUUAAACCAAUUUGCAUUCAAGUCGGUGCGUGUCAGUGGUGUUUUGAAUUCACAACAGGACACAUUUUCGAGUGUCUGGUGGGUGGGUGUUCCCCAAUCGUCUGAUUCUAGCCCAUACAGUAUACAAGUUAGGUCAACUUUGUGGAAACUGGAGAGCGAACAUGAGACUGGAUGUGAUGGACUUUAGGCGUAAUUAAAGAAAUUUAAGUAAUUACCUAGGCCUACCCAACUGCCGGACCGGAGCGGCUCUAAUGGUCUAACGGAACCGCCCGAGGCCAGAUGAGCGCUGGAGUAUUUUUGGAAAGGCGAAGCAGACCCCUCCAUAGCCUACCCCUGCACUUAUGUAAAUAAAUGGCACCCAUAAACAACCAACGACCAACGCAAACUCACUCCGAGGCAAUACGUCGAAUUUAGUGAUUUCCUAUAGCCUGUAACUUGAACUUGGGCUUCUGUUGAGAAGAUGUCGGAGCAAGAGCGCUAUGGGGACGGGCUGUGCGACGAUGGAGCUCCAGAGAUCAUCCCGACGAGAGCGUCCAGGGCGGGCAGGCGGAGCGGAGUCAUCCUCCCCGGCCAGGACAACGAUACAGUCCUGGAGGCAGUGAGGGCAGCCCCCCGCAGGAGCAGCAUCAUCAAGGAUCCUUCAGUGCACAAGGUGGCCGGUGGGCGCAAGAAGACCGUGUCCUUCAGUAGCAUCCCCUCAGAGAAGAAGGUGAGCAGCGCGGCCGACUGCCUUGCCUUCAUGCAGGGGGGCUGUGAGCUGAAGAAGGUGCGUCCCAACUCCCGGGUCUACUGUCGUUUCUACACCCUGGACCAGGACCUCAGCUGCCUGCGCUGGGAGCCCUCUAAGAAGGAUCUGGAGCGUGCCCGCCUGGACAUGGCCACUAUCAGGGAGGUUAGGACAGGGAAGAGCACCGAGACCUUCCUCCAUAACGGACCUGCUGCAGAACACCUGGCUGAGGAGGCUUCCUUCUCUAUCAUCCACGGGGAUGACUACCAGUCUCUGGACCUGGUGGCUCUUUCACCUGACGUGGCCAACAUCUGGGUAACGGGGCUGCGUUACCUGGUGUCCCACCCCUCUGUCAUCGGGCAUGGAGGGGGGGGAGGAGGUCUGGGAGAGGGGAGCAUCAUAGGGGAGGGUAGCCUCGGCAGUAGGAUGAGGAGGGAUUGGCUGACUGCGGAGUUUGCCGAGGUGGAUGAGGAUGGAUACGGGGUCGUCUCAGAGGAUAUGGCCGUGGCAACCAUCUGCAAGUUGUGUCCUGGGAUCAAGGAAGCUAAGGUGCGUCUGAGGUUCAAGGAGAUCCAGCGCAGCAAGGAGAAGCUGACGUCUCACGUGACGCGCGAGGAGUUCCAGGAGGCCUUCUGUGAGCUCUGCACGCGUCCAGACGUCUACUUUCUAUUGGUCCAACUCUCCAAGGACCGCGAGUGUCUGGAUGCCCAGGACCUUCGUCUCUUCCUGGAGACGGAGCAGGGCCUGUCUCUGGCCACGGCCGAGGGCUGUCUGGAAGUGGUCCAACGCUUCGAGCCCUCCGGCCCUGGGAAAGAGAGAGGUCUACUGGCUCUGGAUGGGUUUGCCCGCUACCUGCAGUCCCCAGAGUGCCAGCUGUUUGACGUGGAGCACCAGGGAGUGUGUCAGGACAUGAGCCUGCCCCUGUCCCACUACUACAUCAGUACCUCCUAUCGGUCCUAUCUCCUGGAUGACCAGGUCCAUGGGAGGGCUGAUCUAGGGGGCCUGACCAAGGCUCUACAGGCCGGGUGUCGGUGCCUGGAGCUGGGGGUGACAGACGGCCCAGAGGGGGAGCCCCUCCUGGGGGUGGACUAUGGUCCUGAUGCCCACCGCCACCACCAUCAUCACCACACCCCUGUCACCAUCCGCAGUGCCCUGGAAGUGGUCAAUAAGUACGCCUUCCUGACCUCACCCUACCCGCUGCUGGUCUACCUGUGCCAGCGCUGCUCUCCCUCACAGCAGCGUAUCCUGGCCCAGCACCUGAGGAAGGUGUUCUCUACACGUCUCUACACCCCUGAGGCCCUGCUGGUCAGCCAGGGGGGGCGAGCCACCAGCCUACCCUCCCCAGAGCAGCUGAAGGGCCGGGUGCUGCUGGUGGGGAAGAAGCUACCGCCCGAAGAGGAGGGGUCUGAGGGAGAGGUGUCAGAGGAGGACGAGGAGAUAGGGGGAGGCGGGCCCUUGGCUGGUCGGAGAAUGACCAUACCCGGGGAGGAGGAACUGGGCGUGGUUUUAGUGGUGCCCCCUCCCCCUCAGCCCAGGAGACUCCGCCUCCGACGUGAGCUAUCAGAUCUAGUGGGCGUGGCUAGAACUGGGAGCCGUAGCUUCUACAACCACCGAGAAACAAGGAAACAAGGACAGCAGCACUCCCCGCCCAGCACCCCCUCCACCCCGGGAACGCCCUUACCCCCCGAGUCGCCCUAUUGGACGCUGUGCUCCCUGGGGGAGGGAGAAGCAGGACGGCUGGCCAGUGAGAGCCCAGAGGAAUUAGUAGGCUUCACCAAGCGCACCCUGAGCCGUGUCCGGCCAAGCUCCGUCCGCCUGGACUCCUCCAACCCCAACCCCCAGGGCUACUGGAAGGGUGGGGUCCAGCUAGUGGCCCUCAACCAGCAGACCCCCGGGGCCAUGCUGGACCUCCACAGAGGCCGGUUCACCCAGAACGGGGGCUGUGGGUUCGUGCUGCGGCCGGGGGUCAUGAGAGAUGAGGUGUCCUACUUCAGUGCUGUGACCCAGGGCUGUGUGCCCGGCGUUCCCCCUCAGAUCCUUAGGGUGAAGGUGAUCAGCGCUCACAACCUGCCCAAGCCGCAGGGCGCCGGGGCUAAAGGAGAGGUUAUAGAUCCCUACGUGGUUCUGGAGAUGCAUGGAGUACCGGCGGACUGCAUUGAGCAACGGACCCGGACCGCUGCACAAAACCAGGAUGACCCACUGUUUGAUGAGACCUUUGAGUUUCAGGUGAACAUGCCAGAGUUGGCGCUCCUCCGCUUCGUGGUAUUGGACGAUGACUACAUCGGAGACGACUUCAUUGGCCAGUACAGCGUGGCCUUCGAGUGCCUUCAGCCGGGCUACCGUAACGUGCCCCUGCUGGGUCUGGCGGGAGACCCCUUGCCCCACGCCAGCCUAUUUGUCCAUGUAGCUGUGACCAACCGGCGAGGGGGGGGCAAGGCCCAGAGGAGGGGUCUGUCUGUGCGGAGAGGGGUGCGGCGGGGGCGAGAGUACGUGACCCUACGGAACACGGGUAUUAAAGCUCUGGAUGAUACGUUCCGCCCUGCUAGCACCCCUCUCAGGGAGGCCACGGAUCUGCGGGAGGAUGCACAGAGUGCCAGUAUGACUUUCAAGGAGCAGUGUGGGCUCCCCCCAGUGGCCAAGCUGAAGCAGUGUAUCCAGAGCCUGGCCACGCGGCUUCAGACCCCAGAGGGCCCCCCGGGGGCCAGCAUGACCCUGAAGGACGGCUACCCCCACUUGGAGGCCCUAGGCAGCAUCACUGACACCACGCGCAAACUACUGAGCCACUAUGAUAUGAUGAUCUCAGCCCAGAAGCAGCUGAUUGAGAACGCAGACGCUGUGCAGGAGAGGAUUGCACAGGUUCAGAGAGAGGGAAUGGAGUUUCAUGAGGCGCUGCCUAGGCUGGGAGAGAAGGAAGGUCUGAAGGGACGCAAGCAGAGCAAAGCCCUGGAGAGUUUCACCUGGAACAUCACUGUACUCAAGGGUCAGUGUGAUCUCCUGCAUGGUGCCAAGGCAGACUCUCUGGAUGCUCUGAGACAGUUGGCCCUGGCCUGUGAAGCCUGUGGCUUCACCUCUACCACCUCCUCCGGUCCCUCGGACCCCCUCUACACCCCUCACGGCAGGAGGGGCAGCACCCAUGGCAAUGGACGAAUCUGACACACCCAACCUACCAGCGAGAGGGAGGGGGGAGAGAGGGAUCGAGUGGAAGAGAUGGUGACACCCGCCCAAAUCCCAACCCACCAGAGAAAGGGAGGGAGGGGGUGGGCACAGAGAGAGAGAUUGAGAAAGAUAUGACAUUUGGAAUGGUCUAGAAUAGAGCCCAGAGCCUAUCCCUUUAUCCAGAAUAAGACUACUGAAGAAUUGUUGCAGUAAUUUGACACUUACUUUGUGUUCAUCAGUCCUGAGGCUUUUUAACAAAACAUGAAUGUUCUUACGUUAUGUAAAAAACACGUGUGCUUAUUUAACUAUGUGCACUUGAACAUAAUAUAACUUUCUCAAUUUAUUUCUGACGGAAAAAGAUGGACUAAAUGAAAACGUUUUCUCAAUGGGGUUUUUCUCCCUAAAAAGGGAAUUGUGAUUGUGAACACAAAACAUUGUUCUGCGGAGAGAAGCUUUUGCUGUGAGGAUGAGUGGAAGAGUGAUGGUGACUUUUAUGUUUAAGUUCUUCUCUCUGUGGACCCUGUAUGCUGAACCUAAUGUUUGGAUUUUGGUCAACUCACCAGUUCUGAGCGCAGUGGUUUCAAGAAACUGUUUUAAGUUCUUCCUAACAUUUCAAGCCCAGAGAGUCUAUGGAGGAGUCAAUUACAUUUUCCCAGUGAUUCACAACAACAAGCACAUGUUCUACUCUGUUAGCCGGGGCUGUCUGCCCUCCUGAAGACUCUCCACCCACAUGCAUCCACCUAAUUUAUCCCUCAGAGGAACUGAUGUAACGCUGUUGAUGAGAGCCCGUCUCGCCGUGGAUACAACAGGUGGGCUGUCAGUCAGGGAUGGAGUGACAGGUGACCCCCCCCCACCCCGUCCCACCGACACACAGCUACUGUUACAGGAACACAAGACCCCUUCCACCCUCCCUCCGCGCUUUCCCUUCAUGCAUCCCUCUCUUCCUGCCGAGACCCUCAAUGCGUGGAGCCAGUGUCUUGAAUGUCUAGCCUCUUUGGCAGACCCCUCACCCCUCCUCACCCCCUCUCCUCGGCCCUGAGAGAACCCACCAGGUAUUCUGUCCUUUUCAGUAAUGCUAGAGGGGGACAUGAGAAGAUGAGAGGAUGUGUUGGAAGUCCUACAUAACAUGGCUUAACGCAGCUUCAGACCACUAACUAAUACCUGACACCAUCUACCAGAUGGCUAGGGGCUGACAGGGACUCAGUAUCACGAUAGUUGACAAAGACAACCUGAAAACAACCUGACAUUUUACCAAGAGGACAUGCUGAGUGUCAUUAAUUGAUUGUGUUGAAAAGGCUUGGUUGAUUGAUAGAUGUGUAUUUCCCUACACAAGGACAUUAUUGGCAUGGCUGUGUUGCUAUGAGGGAAUUAUAGGGGGCCCUUUCUCUAUGUGUUGACUGACAGAAUGUUCUGGGUUUGUCCCAGCUUAAAAAACUCACUCAGCAACACUGAUGUACUCUGACAAAGAACUACAAAAAUGGCGCUACUAGGCGCUAUUACUAACCUCGGUGUGUUUUUAUGCUUGUCCACUUCUGAUGGUGGAGUGUGGGACAUUAAAUGGGGUAUUCAUACCGAUUGUCAUUCUGGGGUUGGAGGUGACGUUGUACCGUCUCUACAGUGACGUUCAACACACACAGCAGUAAUGUUGGAGGAAUAAAAGAAUGCUGCAUAAGAAAGGCUAUUACCUAAAGGAAAACUCAUGCCCCUUAUCAUAGCACAUGUACUAGGCCUAAAGACUGGGCCGCUGCAUUAACCCCAUAUGUGCACUUUUGAACAAAACGACAGAUGAGUCGUUCCUCGAAAAGAGUUCCUUUUGCAUCUCUUUGAUAUUUUAAGUAGAAAUUGUGCAUCAUAAUGAAUUUGAAAAGCCUGUUAUAUUAAAUGAAGUGCCCUUUAAUAUAGACCACAUUGAGAAUUCAAUAUCUUUAUAAUGAAUAAAGUGCUAAAGUGCCAAAAUUCAGCAUUUUGACAUGUCCCUCCAUGCAUCCUCAGUCACUUCUAGGAAGAUUUUAAC